UGAGGAACUGUUCUGAAUCAGCUGAGAGAAAAUGACUGCAAUCAAGCAUGCUUUACAGAGGGAUAUUUUCACUCCCAAUGAUGAACGCUUGUUGAGCAUUGUGAACGUGUGCAAAGCAGGCAAAAAAAAGAGAAACUGCUUUUUGUGUGCCACAGUGACAACGGAACGACCAGUGCAAGUAAAUGUGGUAAAAGUGAAAAAAUCCGACAAGGGAGAUUUCUACAAAAGGCAGACUGCAUGGGCACUUCGAGAUCUCGCUGUUGUUGAUGCCAAAGAUGCUGUUAAAGAGAAUCCUGAAUUUGACUUGCAUUUUGACAAAGUGUACAAGUGGGUUGCAAGCAGCACAGUGGAAAAGAACACCUUCAUUUCAUGUAUCUGGAAACUCAAUCAGAGAUAUCUUAGAAAGAAAAUUGACUUUAUCAAUGUUAGUUCACAGCUUUUGGAAGAAUCCGUUCCAAGUGGAGAGAAUCAAAGUGUAGCAGGAGGUGAUGAAGAGGCUGUGGAUGAAUACCAGGAGUUAAAUGCAAGAGAGGAGCAGGAUAUUGAAAUAAUGAUGGAAGGGUGUGAAUAUGCUAUUUCUAAUGCUGAAGCCUUUGCAGAGAAGUUGUCGAGAGAGCUACAAGUGCUAGAUGGGGCAAAUAUCCAGUCAAUUAUGGCCUCGGAGAAACAGGUGAAUAUCUUGAUGAAGUUGCUGGAUGAAGCUCUGAAGGAAGUUGACCAAAUUGAGCUAAAGCUGAGCAGUUACGAAGAAAUGCUUCAGAGUGUAAAAGAGCAAAUGGAUCAAAUUUCAGAAAGCAACCACCUAAUCCAUCUCAGCAACACAAAUAAUGUGAAGCUACUGUCAGAGAUAGAGUUCUUAGUGAAUCACAUGGAUUUGGCUAAAGGUCAUAUAAAGGCCCUUCAGGAGGGAGAUCUGACAUCUUCUCGAGGCAUUGAGGCCUGCACUAAUGCAGCCGAUGCCCUUCUGCAGUGUAUGAAUGUAGCUCUUCGGCCAGGACAUGAUAUGCUUCAUGCAGUGAAACAGCAACAGCAGCGGUUUAGUGACUUGCGUGAGCAAUUUGCGCGGAGACUUGCCAGUCAUUUGAACANNNCUUUUAUCAAGGGUCAUGAUCAGAGUUCUACUCUUGCCCAGCACUCUGCUGAAUUGACAUUACCCAAUCACCAUCCAUUUCACAGAGAUUUACUUCGAUAUGCUAAACUGAUGGAGUGGCUCAAGAACACAGAUUAUGGAAAAUACGAAGGGCUAACAAAGAAUUAUAUGGAUUAUUUAUCACGACUAUAUGAAAGGGAAAUAAAAGAUUUCUUUGAAGUUGCCAAGAUCAAGAUGACAGGCACAACCAGAGAAGGAAAAAAGUUUGGUCUUCAUGGAAGUUCUGGAAAAUUGACUGGGUCUACUUCUAGCCUAAAUAAACUCUCUGUUCAGAGUUCGGGAAACCGUAGGUCUCAGUCAUCCUCACUGUUGGAUAUGGGAAACAUGUCUGCCUCUGACCUCGAUGUGGCUGAUAGAACAAAAUUUGAUAAGAUUUUCGAGCAAGUAUUAAGUGAACUAGAGCCUCUGUGUCUGGCAGAACAGGACUUCAUUAGUAAAUUUUUCAAACUACAGCAACAUCAGAGCAUCUCGGGAACAACAACGAAUGAAGUCGAGGAAAUGGACGGAGGAACUUUAUCUCGUUCAUACACUUCUGGUGUUCCACAAACAAUAUCAUCUGAGAAGGACAUGAUCCGACAAAUGAUGACAAAAAUAUUUCGUUGUAUUGAACCUGAGCUGAAUAAUCUUAUAGCGCUGGGGGACAAGAUUGAUAGCUUUAAUUCGCUUUAUAUGUUAGUUAAGAUGAGUCAUCAUGUAUGGACAGCACAAAAUGUGGACCCAGCUUCCUUUCUCAGUACAACACUUGGAAAUGUUUUGGUGACUGUCAAAAGGAACUUUGAUAAAUGCAUUAGUAACCAAAUGAAGCAGAUGGAUGAAGUAAAAAUCUCAAAGAAGAGUAAAGUUGGGAUCCUUCCAUUUGUUGCUGAAUUUGAAGAAUUUGCGGCCCUCGCUGAAUCAAUUUUCAAAAAUGCAGAACGACGAGGAGAUCUAGAUAAAGCCUACAUAAAACUUAUUAGAGCUGUUUUUGUCAGUGUUGAGAAAGUAGCUAAUGAAAGCCAGAAAACACCCAGAGAUGUGGUCAUGAUGGAGAACUUCCAUCAUAUUUUUGCAACACUUUCUCGCUUGAAAAUUUCUUGUCUUGAGGCUGAGAAAAAAGAAGCCAAACAGAAAUACACUGAUCAUCUUCAGUCUUAUGUAAUCUACUCACUGGGACAGCCUCUUGAGAAAUUAAAUCAUUUUUUUGAAGGUGUUGAAGCUCGUGUGGCACAAGGUAUACGAGAAGAGGAAGUAAGCUAUCAACUGGCUUUUAAUAAACAAGAGCUUCGUAAAGUCAUAAAGGAGUAUCCCGGUAAGGAAGUGAAGAAGGGAUUGGAUAAUCUCUACAAGAAGGUAGAUAAACAUCUCUGUGAAGAAGAAAACUUACUUCAGGUUGUGUGGCAUUCCAUGCAAGAUGAGUUUAUACGACAGUACAAGCACUUUGAAGGGCUGAUAGCUCGCUGCUAUCCUGGAUCAGGAAUUACUAUGGAAUUCACUAUACAGGAUAUCUUAGACUACUGCUCCAGUAUUGCACAGUCUCAUUAAGUUCUAGAAGAGGAAAGAGAAGCUAGCAAAGUUUGUGCCUGUGUAUAAGGGAAUCAAACACUAUAAAUGCUAUUUGUUUUUAAAAGGUGGAUUUCCAUGUGUAUGUGUAGUUAACUGCCAUAUGUGUCAAGUUACACUCCUGUUUCAAACAUCUUUCAGGGCAAAAUGAAACCUUCCAGGAUUUGUUGCUCUGCUACUGGGUUGAAGUACCGUUUGAAAGCAUUAAUUCUGUGAAACACUUCUGGUGUAGUUUUUCCCUUCCCCUAAUGUUCAGAUACUUUUAUUUAUAAUCCCUUCUCUUGCUAAAAGCAGUAAGCACUACCUUCAUAGUACGCAAAAAGUAUACUACUGUUCUCACUAAUAUUUUGCAUCUUGGAAAUUAUGUAAGCAUUAAAGACUAUCAAAUCUUUUCCCUUCCUCGUUCUGGAUACGGAUGUGGAACUUUAUGCAGUGGGAAUACUGAAUUCAUGUUCUCGUAUGUAAUGUGACUAUGGCUAUGAUUCUUAAUUAAACUGUGUUCAACAUA